GCUGCUAUCCUGCCCGCAGCGAAAAGCGUGGCCGCGAGCAGUGGGCCAGUAGAGGGCAGCCGCGCGCCGCGAUAACCCAUCCCGUCCGCUCGUCCCGCGUACUGCGUGUUGUAGUGUGCGCGCCAUGAUGGCCGAGACCAAAGUCACCGUCACGACGGGCACCGCCCAGGUGAACAGCGACCCGGGCCCGCAGGGCGCCAGCCGCCUGCCCUUCGGCAUCAACGUGCCCUACUUCAAGACCACGCCCGGCAUCAUCAAGCUGGUGCAGCUGGUGCUGGGCAUUGUGUGCAUGGCGUGCGCGUCACCCGCCUUGCUGUCGGGCACCCACUGGUUCCUGUUCGUCGCAGCCGUCAGCUUCACAGCCACACUCAUCUGGGUCUUCGUCUACCUACUCAACAUUCGUGAGGCCCUCAAGCUGCCCAUUAACUGGAUACUCACGGAACUGCUGAACACUGCACUGAUGACACUGCUGUACUUGAUCGCAUUCAUUGUGCAGCUUGCCAUUUGGUCUGAGUUUCACUACUCCUCCUGGAAAUCCAGUAAUAUUGCUGCUGGGGUGUUUGGAUUGUUCAACUUCCUGGCCUAUGCUGCAGGAGUUUACUUUCUCUUUGUGGAGUGGAAGAACAGCAAGAGUGGCAACUAGUAAGAUGAUGGUUGCAGUGACUGAGACAGUGCUUAGGCUCUGUGAGCCCCAGAUUUGCUGCCUGGUCUGUACAGAUGCUAGCUCCAAGGGAGUCAAAGCCCUCAUUAAGUAAGCUAUUUAUUGUUCAAAGAGUGUGGGCUUGCUGGAAAUGUAUGACCAAUGAUAACACAGUGACUGUUUUAGCAUUCUCAUUAAAUCUUGUAAUGCUCUUUGCUGCAUUUUAAACUGUUAAAGGAACAAAACAUAUUACAACAGCAUAAGUAAAAUCAUUAAGAUAAAUAAAUAAAGUAUAUCAAAUCAAAAUAAUCAUUUAUUUCACUUUUAAAAUGUAAUGCAUAUCAGAAAUUCAUGUCACAUAUUAAUCAAUGUUUAAUACUUGGCUAGUUAUGUCUCAGUUAAGUACACACAUGAGAUAUUCCAUCUUUAAACAUAUGUAGGUGUCAGUGUUGCACAUUGCUGAAUUAUUUUGUACAUAUUGUUAAAAAUUAUGUUUCAUUGAGGCAGUGGUAACAAGACAAACUGUAAAAGAACGUUAAUACAUAAUGUUGUAUCAGUUUUCAGACACAUCAUGUACAAUGUAAAUUAUUGUUAUUUGUGUUGUAAAAUGAUAUUGUUUACAUAAUUAUGAAAAGUGGCUUUAUUCUUCACUUUAUGGCUCUUGUGAAGUCUGUAGAAAUUUAAAUGCCAUAUAGGAUUCUGUUGUCGAUGAUAUGUAAUAUGGAACCUGUUAUCACCUUGCUAAUGUCUAGAAACACUUUUUUAUCAGACAAAAACCAUCUACAUUUUUCUCAGUGUUUGUGUGUCUGUUGCAUACAAUAUGAUUACAUCUUUGGUUAUGAUAUAAAUAUUUAAUGUAGUAAUUCAAAAACAGUAUUUCAGUCAGUCAAUCAAGCCAGUAUUUGUGUUAAUACUUGUAAUAUGAUAAGAGCAAUCACACACGUACAUAUUUGAUUUCAUUUAAUGCCAGUGUAAAUAACUCCUGUUAUACUUAUGUAUGUAAACAUUAUGAUAAUUAAAUUUUUUUGAACAAA